GUCAGGGACGGGGUGCAUCUCUGAAAAAAAAUUGGGUAGGCUGUAACAAUAGCAGGAUUCAGUAUUGCUGUACAAUAUUCCAGAGAGCGUCAUAGGAAAUAAACAUGCCCAUGCCGCUCCUUUAUGAAACAUGAUGUGCAUAUGACACAUGGAAUGGCCAAUAUAUUUUUUGUUUGUUUCCUGGAUUACGACGAAGACAGCAGAAUAAAAUGGAGUGGUAGGGGGACCGAGGCUCGCUGUCUCCAUCAUAGGGAGGCGCGUCCACCUGCUGAUACAGGGAGUCCGGGCUUGGGAAAAACAUGGUGAGGUCGCUCCACUGAGAAGAUACAGUUUCCAUCUGUCAAAUAAACAACUGCAAAAUGGAAUGCUGUCGACUAGAAAAGCCCAGCCCGUGUGAACAGAGAGGUUAGAAGAGGGCGAUAAUGUAAGGGACAACAAGAACAACGCUAAAUUGAUGGAUGUUUUUGACGACCCCAACUUUUCUGUGCUGGUUCCAAACCUGGAACAGUUCAACAAAGACAAUGAGAGUGACUCACCCAGCCAGGAGAGUAAUAGAAAGCCAGACACUGCCAGCAUCCCACCUAUAGCCAAUGAACCAAAACAAGGCCCUGAGAGGACCUCGCUGAGUCCAUCCUCACCCCUGAGCCCAACAGUUACCCCUCAGUCCAGCACCACAGCCACUAACACUGAUGAUUCCACCAAUGCCAUCUCCCUCACCUCCUGCCUCACAAAAGGGGUGAGUCACUGGGCUCUUCCAGAGGGCUGUAGUGACAAGGCUGCCUUCACCAUAAUGGAGACAGGGGGUGUCUCUGCUCUGUCGGUGGGGGACUGCCUCAUGCCACAGAGCCGCACGUGCCUGGGCUGCUUCAUCGAGACUAAGGACGCUGCAGAGCCUGAUCCCGGCCUGGGCCAGGACUACGACCCCUGUCCUGACAUGAGCAUGCAAUGCAUGAGUUCUGGGGAUGGGAUUCGCUAUGGGGAUCAGCUGCUGUCUGAUCAGCUUCUAAGCUACCCAGAGCACAAGGUCAGGGUGAAGGAGAAGACAGGUGAGGAGAAGUCAGCGGAGGACAGCGACUCAGAGGACGUCACGUCCAAGAGUAUCUAUGAAGGCCUGCUCCUGGACAAGUGUAACGGUGAAGAGGCUCUGCUGGCCAACUCCAGCCAGGACUGGGGCUGCUUCGAGUCCUUUAUCAGCGAAAGCAAGAUUGAGCUGCUGGACCUCUGCUCAAAGAAUGAACUCUCUGUAAACCUAUUCUCAGAAGAGGAUGUAGAUAACUACAUGUUUGAUGAUGAGGAUGAGGACUCCACCCUAGGCAGCGACGUGUGCUCGCUGAAGAUCCGCUACGAGUCCUUCCAGGACAAUGUCCGAGAGAAGACCAGCGCCAUUCAGGAGGAAACCCAGUUCAACUUCUUCCCAAGUGUUGUCACCAAAAAAGAGGGUGAGGUACCAGGGAAGAAGGGAGCAGAAGGGCUGCAGAAAGUUGAGGUCUGGGCAGCUGGAGAAAAGGUUGACAAAAACAGCUCUGUUGAAAUGACGCCGAAUGUCAGUCCAGAGAGCAGCUACCUGUUUGACUUCAACAACUCCACUGAGGACUCUGGAGAGUACAGUGAUGACAGCUCCUGUACUGGAUCCUCUCUUGACACCUGCCAGACCAAACGUGAACACUACUUCCUCUCUAGGGAAAACUCCAGCUCCUCAAGCCACCUGAGUUACGGGCUGAGGUCCAAGAGGAAAGUCAGAUACAGUGACGACUAUUUGUAUGACAUGGAUUCUAUUGAAAGCGAAAGGAACACAGAAAGAAAGAAAAAGCAGCCACCGGGUCCGAAAAAAGAGGAGGAUGAUGACUGGUGUCCAAAGAAGAGGAGGAAAUCAUUACGAAAAGACCCCCCAGUAAUAAUCAAAUACAUAAUCAUAAACCGAUUUAAAGGUGAGAAGCACAUGUUAGUAAAGCUUGGUAAAAUUGACACAUCAGAAACAACAGUAAGCUUAAGUAAGGACUUAGUUCAUAAGUACCAGAGAAUGGCCCCUUUGAAAGCCUACUGGCAAAAGCGGCGCCAGGAAAUGCAAGAGCACCGCAGGCUGGCUGCUGGUGAUAAAAACACAUUUUUAAAUGGCUGCAGGCGUUCCCUUAAUUCUAGCCUGACAAAACGAAAAUACAGGAUUGCAAAUAGAGUCAGAAUUCAAAGAAUUCAUGCUGUAGAGCUAGCACCAAACCAUGCCAAUCACAAACAGGAGGUGGGAGCAGCUGAGGCUGCCUGUACAGAUAUGGCAUCUAUAACAACAACAACCUCUGACUGUGCCGCUAGAUUAGUCCAAGGCAGUGUGUUUGGAAGAAGCAGAUCACCAGAGACGGAGGGGAAAAGACUUGGAAAUAAGAUGGUAAAAAUAAGAAAAUUUAAAAGCGAGGCCAGACUGAGGUUGAAAAACACGAAAGAGCAGAAUGGCAAAACUGUUAUAAGCCCACGAGAAUUUGGCCCAGUAGCCCCAAAUCAGAACUCAUGCAGCACCCAGCUUUGUGAUGACACCACUGAAAAGUCUACUGUUAUACCAGCCCCCAUCUCCUCUUCCAGCACAAUGACCCAUCCUGUAAAUGUGAAUAGUGAUCUACCUGUCAUCCCUGGAGGUUACCUGCAGACAUUGCUGGAUGCCUCUGACUCAUCCACUAACACUGGGUUGUCAUAUUAUUCCCAGCAGCCCCCCCGACAGCAGUAUCCUCACGGCCUCUCAGAACAGGAUCAUCAAUUCACUAACCUACAGCUGGCUCAGAGCUGUGUUCUGUCCCCUCCCUCAGAGUCUGAGCUCCAGCAAUCCACCUCUAACUGCUCCAAUCAGAUGGAGCAAAAUUUUGUUCACGCGUCAUGGCAGCCUGGAGGUGAACAGAUACCAUUUACAUCUGACAUUCCGCCUGAAUCUGUUGGCUUUCCCAGCACCAUGCCUUUGUCAAUAACAAACAACUUGCCAUUGUCGGAAUAUAGUCAAGUCAACGUAGAUGCAAAUCAAAUACUGUAUGAUAAGACAUUUAUGCCUGAGGAGCCAGCAGAGCCAGACUUAGACUUACAAGCGAGCCAGUCAGCUGAGGAGGAGGUGCACUUUCACAGAGUAAUUCUGAACACAGACAACGGCAGGCUGGCCAGCUAUGACUCUAUGGGCUCAUUGUCCGCCACGUCAAGCAACUACAGCUCUAUGAGUCUCAAGUCCUGUGAGAAGGAGAGUGAAGAGGACGUGAACGAGAACUUCUUGGCCCACUGUAGUCCCAAACUGGUGAUUCAGCAAAGUACUGAUGAGAUCACUCCCCUGAGGGAGUCCACAGACCUUCUGGACAUCUCCAAUUUCACCCCUGAUAAGUUCAGGCACUCAUCGUUAUCAGAGAUGUCACCACCCAACACGCCAAAUCUCUCUCCACAAGUGAUGGGGCCAGAAAUGAGGGAAAGCCAAGGAAAGGCCAGGGAGUUUCAGGGAGAGACAAGAGACAGGACUCACUCAGCUACACCAGAUGGGACAAAGUGGGACUGUAAUGUCCUUUCACAACAAAAACAUGAUGGCGGAGCGAUAAACAAUCAAGAGUUCCAUUUCCAUAAUUUCAGUGACAGUGACUGUACAGGGUUAGGUGAUAAGAUUGAUGGUACUGAUGUCAUUGAUGAGCAGGCCGAAUCCAUAGGAGGCCGAACUAAAGGCCCCAAGUCCAAAAGGAAAACAACCAGCAAACAGAAAACCAAGGCUCCAAGGGCUCCCAAGAUAGAAAAGAACAAAGCCCCUAGACAGAAUUCUCGUUCAUCCAAAAAGCUAAAAUCCCUGCUUGAUCCAAAGGUAAAAGGUGAAGAAAGUGAAGGCCUUGUAGCAUUGUCAGAAGACUGGCCUUUACUGAUGGAACACAGUGGGGGCUGGGCAGACGGCAACAAGAACAACAGUUCUAUGGAUGAUGGCCAGCGAGAGUUUGAGGAGCCCUCCAACAUCCUCUCCAACAUAGUCUCUGGGAUGGCAGAGGUAGAAAGGUUUAUGAAGGUCUCCAUCGAGCCAUUGUGGGAUCCCAUGUCUGGACUCUGUCAGCCUCCAGAGGCCAACAGCCUUAAAACAAAAACACUCAAAAUUCUGGCAGGAACAACAGCUGACAUCAGGAAAAAGGGUGGUUAUGCCACCUCCACUGGGGCAGGAAGGGGCAGGAAGGUAACUGGCCGUGAAGCCAAAAACCAAGUCAAGUUCAUUCAUUCAAACCCCUUCUUCCCUCCUCUCACUCUGGACUGCCACAUGUUCAACCAGUCCAGCCUCGGUAUACCUGGCAUCUGUGGGCCCGCACACAAAAAAAUGUACCGUCACAAAACCAGUGCAAAAUUUGCUCGUGAUGAAACCAAUACAGGGAAGCGGGAGUCGAGCAAGAACGUAGCUCUCAUGGCCUCUUAUGAGAAACUGAGCGGAAGAGCUUGCCCCAUCUUAAUAUUGUCCGAAUUAAAUGUGGCUCUACACAAGUUUAAAAUUACAGUUAAAAAGUUUUCCAUCUUUACAUUAAGUGUGUGGUUGCCUUCAGAGUAAGAAGAAAAAGUGGAUUGGGUCAUGAGGGGACAAUUUUAAUGUAUGAUCAUUACCAAUUUCACCCAGCCAUUACAUUUGUGAAUGUUUCAAUGGUGAUGGAGAACUGCAUCGCGGUUCUGAUGGGAACCAGACUUUUCAUAAUAAAAAAGGGAAUUUUUUUGUAUUAACAAUGAGAGGACUUUCUCAAACUGUACUAAUUUUCGUAAACUCUUGAAAUGGCAUUAUUUGUCAUUGGCUUAGUACCAUGGUUUGGGGAGAGGAGGUGGGAGGGUAUGUGGAUGAAGUUCUCAGAAUUGCAAUUUGUUAAUGCUAUUAUUGUACAGAGACAUACAUAUGCACUAUUUGCAGAAUAUGACAAUAAUUAUAACUGUGUAAAAUUGAAUUAAUGUGCCAAGCGUUGAACAAGUAUCUGUAUAAACAUUUUAUAUCUAUAUGUAUAUUUGCUGUUUCAUGUUCUUUUUGUUAGGGUUGUGGGGUCGGGGUUCUGGACUGUGGUGGCCGGUCAGCAUUCCAGACAUCUUCUUGGGACACAUGCUGUUUGCAAAGCACCUUUAGCUGAAAGUGCUUUAAUUUUUAUGAAAACACUAAUUCCAGUCUUUUCUUUAACACAUUCCUUUAAAAUGAUUGCCAUCUGAUCUGCAAACCAACAGCCAACAUGGUGAAAUACAGAAUGGGAUUGAAUAGAUGCUGUGGAAUGCUGAAAUGCCAUAAGCUGUUUUACCAACUAAAUAGCAGAACUUUGGCAUUAAGAAAUAUUUAUGCUCUAACAGGUCAGUUAAAGAUGCAGUCCACAAUUUUUCCCACUGGUUGUAAAAGUGGCGCUGUUGACCCAAAAAUGGUCCUUGAAAAUUGUGUUCUGUUAUGUGUUCGCUGAUUGCUGCCCCAUGUCAUACAAACCCCUCGCUUUCAAACUUGGAAUAGAAUGGCUAACAGAGGUAUGAUAGUGAUUCUUCUCAAUGUUCAUUUUGGCUGCAUUUUUGUCAUUUGAGUUGUUUUCAUUUUUAUCAGUCUGGUAUAACUUCCGGACAACAGGUCUACUGUAGUUGGAGGCAAUCUGAUUGUGCACAUGAUUGACAUAAGAAACGGCAAAAAGCAAUGACUAAAAUGACAAAUUAUUAGUCACAUUUUAGUUAUAAAAUGUAUUUUAUGAAAUAAUGAAUAUUUAGACUACCUCUUGCCCAUUAUGUGAGGAGACAAAAAGAGUUGUCCAACAACAUUAUGGCUGUUGCCCAUAGGUUUAGUAUAAUGAUUCCUAAAACUCAAACUAAGUAAGACUAAAAUAAGUUAACACUGAUUAUUCUUACUGGUUAUGCACAUACAAACAAUUUACACACAAUAUUACACAUCCAGCCCAAAAUGGGAUGUUUAAAUAUUUUGUCAAUCACAAAAUCACAGACAACAUCUUGAAAUCUUGAUGUUUGCAUUCGUUCUACACUCAAGAUUAGCGCACUGCUUCAAAUAAUCCCAUGCAAUACCAUGCUUUAUCUACGGAUGCACCAGCAUGGAGCUCAGUACUGAAACGCUACAACUUAUUUAAAUUGACAUUAAUAAAUACUACCCAUCAGAGAUCUAUUUUUAUUGUGAAGACCUUUGUCUCUGGAAACCCCCAUUCUCCUCCAUCUUCUCCCAAGUUGCCCGGCUAGCUACUGAGCCUGGAGAUCAGGACAGGUGUCACCACCAGGUGGUGUGGAGCAGACUGCCUUAUAUCAUCCCUGCCCAUUGUCAACUGAAUGUACUGUUCACUUCCUCUUAAACAGGAGUUUUGUAGAUGUACCACUGUUGAGCUGCCUCUGAAAUGGGCUCGAAAGAAAUUCCCCUUGCAGGUAACUAAAAAAGUAUGAAGAAAUCAUUGUUGCCCUAUUUAUGAAUGUAUGAGAUACUAUUAUGUUUAAUGUAUUUCUGACAUGAUUUUGACAUUAACAAGAAUUAUGUUUUGCCUUUUUUGUUAAAAAAGAUUUUGCUUUAAAAAUAUCGUCUGAGUUGCUGAGAGGGGGAUUCCAAAAGAACUCUUGACAUCCUUGAUCUUGUAUAUUUUUCAGUGUGCUAAUUUGUAAAAUAUUUUCGAAGUGUAUAUUUUCUUAGGAAGUGCUGUGACGUAUUUGUGAGUGUGAAGACCCUUUUUUGCCUUCACAUACAGUGAAAGGGAUGUAUAACUACAUGCCUCUGGUUUUAAAAACCAAAAUAAUAAACAUAACAAAAAAACUAUAAAAAGGAGCAGGGAAAAUGCUGAGGAAAAAAAGCUGUAACAUUUUGUCAGAAGUUUUGUAAUCAGACCAAUCUUGUUGUGGGAGUGUAGUGCUUUAGUGUAAAAGUAUGAUAAAACUGAAAGACAUAAUUGUGAUUUCAUUGCUGUUUUAUAGAUUAUCAUGUAAAACAUUCUAGUAUUAUUUUGUUUUCUUGUAACUGUUGCAAAGGUUUAAAUAUUUGUGAACAAGCCUGUAUGGUGACAAUGUAAUAUUGGUAACUCGCUGAGUUUUGUAAUAAUGUUUAUGGAAUAAAUAUAAAAUAAAAAUGAGCGUUUAAUUGC